CAGAAGCGCCGUGUCACUUCUCCACGGUGAGUCGGCCCGUCGUGAUCUGUUCUCAUGGACCUUGUCUCCCCCUCCCCUCGCGUGCUGAUUAUCUUUCUCUUUCUCUCUCAGCCUGUCGGUGUGUGAGUGAUACCGUGAUCUCGGUAGCCCGUUCUCGAAUCGAGUCCUUUACUCGUCCGUCGUCCUUCGUCGCGUAACGUCGUGACGCGCGUUUCGCUCGAGCUCGCGUUACACGACGAACCCAGAGAAGAAAAAAGUGGUGCGCGCCCCGGAUGGAGAACCAGAGUAUCGAGAUAUCGAGACACUGCCACGGAGGCUGAUACGCAGACACGUUCCAGCGCUCUCCCCCCCUCAGCGAGCAGGGGCUGCGAGGAAUCGACACGAAUCGUUCGAUUACUCGAGAGCACGCCACGGAGAACGCAUCGGUUUCCGGGAACACCUCUCGGUUGAUUCUGUGGACUGAAGUACAGUGAUUGUGCGCGAGAUACAUUGACAGAUAGUGGCCAUCUUCGAUGGCGAAGACGUGCAAAACUUUCGACAGGAUUGAUUAUUCAUGACUGGGAGAAUAUUCUCGCGAAGUAUUCUCCGUUUCAAGUAUUCCCGUGGACAGUUACGCGGUGGUCGAGAUACGAAGUAGUCGUCAUCCAUGGCGGAAACGCGUAACGAGGGUUGAGGACGGUCGCCUGCUUCGAUUGUCUAGAGAUUCGGGUUACAGUUUAGCGUAAUUCGGUUUUUCUUGGAAUCGCACCCGAACAGUUUUAGCGCGAACCGAACCACAGUGACGGUAUCGACAUAUCAAUUCGCUGGUGGCCAUCCCCGAUGGCGGAGGCUCGUGAUAAGUGCAACGUACGCCGUUUGUUUGGAUGUUAAGUGCCGGGACCGACCUUGGACCUCCAUGAGUCGACCACGACGCUGACGAAAGGAAGCAUGGAUUAUUCGACGAAAGUUACUGUCAAGAGUGGCCCCGAUCAGGGACACGACAACGAAGCGCAAGCGGAUGCUGCAUCGCCACCAUCCAGUGUGGACCUACCAGAGAGCGCCCAUCCCUGCCCCGCCUGUCCAACAGUGCUGCCCAGCUCCCGCGAGCUGACGAAUCACCUUCGCGGGCACAACUCGCCGCGCAGCACCGACUGCAGCGGCGAGGACGAUUACUGUUGCGGGGUAUGCAACAAGGUGCUGAGCUCCGCCAGCUCGCUGGACAGGCACGUAUUGGUUCACUCCGGCGAACGUCCGUUCAAGUGCAAGUAUUGCGAGAUGGCUUUCACGACGAACGGGAACAUGAACAGGCACCUGAGGACCGCGCAUCGCGCCACCUCGCCUCACAGUUGCACCGACUCCGAGGGCAGCAGCGACUCCGAGAAGCCCAUCAAGGCUGGACACAUCGAGGAGUAUAAUAACAACGAGAUAGCAAAGAGGAACUCGCCCGAUUUCAUCGACAGACAGGAGAAAUCGACGAGUCUGACGGGGAAACGGAAGUGCACCGACUACCUGAGCGACAACGAAGGCCAGAAGAGGCACAAGAUCCUCCUGAAUAACACCAACAGGACUGAAAUGAAGACGCGGCCAGACGAUAGUCAGAACAUUUACAAUUGCCCCGUAUGCGGCAGACAAGAUUUCGCUACCAGCGCUCUGUUGGAGGCUCACUUGGAACGCAGUCAUCCAGAGUUCCCUGCCAAGUGCGACGCGUGCAAUCUCUCCUUCAAGAACCACCGAGUCCUGAACCUGCACCGAUUCAUGAUCCACUUCGCGGAGCACUCGAUAGGGAACACCGCGAGGAAUCUGAGGAACUCCGUCGUAGGGUUCAACGACCUCACCUUCGUCGACUUUUCGUCCGACAAGUUCCCAGCGAUCGCCAGGGCGGUCUGCGAGCAGUCCCUUCACCGACCAGCCUCAGGCGAAGUAGCCAGGUUCCAGUGUUCCAAAUGUCUGCGCGCGUUUCCAUGUAGAUCGGCUCUGGACGCCCAUGAGACGGACUGCGGGACCUCCAGCCCUCAAUCCAGAGCCAUCGACGACAGCCAAUCAAGGAGGGACGAUUUCUUCGCCGGUUUAGACCUGCAGAACAAAGCUGCUCUCACGGAAGCCAAAGAAGGCAAAGACCUAGCCGACAUUCAGAGUAUUAUAUCCGUCACGUCGGGGCCUAUACUUCAGAACUUUCCUCGAUCGGACGCCAGCACUCCCGAGAGCAACAUCAAAUUCAAUCCCAACGUCAGCUCCUCGGGGUCCUCUGGCACGUUCUCCACGGAGUUCCACGAAGAAGAAGCUCAGGACGCGUUCGCUGCCGAGUUCCGAAAGAUGAAACUGAAAGGGGAGUUCCCUUGCAGACUCUGCACGGCGAUAUUCCCGAAUCUGAGAGCCUUGAAGGGCCACAACCGAGCCCACAUGGGCGUAGGUCCUGGCAUGCCCUAUCCCUGCAACAUGUGCCCCUAUACCAGCACCGACAAAGCCACCCUGGUGAGGCAUCUGAGAUCUCACAACGGCGAUAGACCGUACGAGUGCUCCUUGUGCAACUACGCCUUCACCACCAAGGCGAACUGCGAGCGCCACGUGCGCAAUCGUCACGGCAAGCUCACCAGGGAGGACAUCAAGAGCGUGCUGAUAUAUCAUCCAAACGAAGACUCGACGAACGAGACGGUGGAAAGGAGUUCGCCGAGGGUGAUGAAAGACGACGUGAGGAAGAGCUUGGUGUACCCCAGCGAACGGGACGAGCUCCAUCUUCAGACUCAGAUGCAUUAUCCAUCCGUGCCUAUAGAAGGUCGCGGCGAGAUCAGGAUCAUCGAGGAGGCCAAGCUGCACAACAACGCGCUAUCGAUGCACAACUCGAACCACUACGAUAAAACGGAGGCGUUCUCGAGGCCUACGCAACCGAUCGAGCUGACGCAACGAAACGACGAUAGAAAAUCGGCGCUGGACGGCAAGCCGGACUACGCAAAGCUCGACGAGGAUCUCGAGUCAAGGUCAUCGGAAGGCAGCGCGUCUCUAGUCAGUGAUACCAAAUCAGAUUCGCACCAAAGAAUACAAGCUAGUCCGAUGAACUUGAAGAAGGGUCUGAACGUGUCCGAGAGCGUCGGCGAGGACGGCCCUCUGGAUUUGUCGAUGGACGUCCUGGAUCUCAGCAAGAAGUCAAAGGACAAGGAGGACGGUGAUUUCGCAGGGUCGCAGGAGCAUUACGGAAAGAAUCAAAAGGAACUGUACAACGCUACCAGCCAGCUGUUGCUCACGGAGGCUUUGUUGAAGGCUGGACAGGGUAGCUCUCAGCCUACCUCUUUGGAGGCACUCUACGCGAACGCUCACCUGAUUUACAGGAACUUUGGGACCUUUCCUCCAGGCGUGGGGGCGGGAAUUCUACCACCGUAUCUGUUCAACCCGCACGUCUUCGGUCAGGACUUUACGAUGAAGGACAGAUUGCAGAAAGAGCUGGUGAGGGGCCUCCAGUUGACCAGCGGUGGGACUCUAGUCGAGCCCUCCAUCGGAGGCGCCGGAUUCACGGCUUUCCCACCGGGUAGAGAUAUUAACGCUCAAGCAGCUAACGAGCAGAGCGACUACGCCAAGCUGAUCUCGUCCAAGAUCGCCAACAAGGCUCUGUCCGGCCGCGAGAAGCCAGAGAACCACAUACCAUCCGCGAAUUCCGUGAAGAUGGUGAUCAAGAACGGAGUUCUGAUGCCUAAACAAAAGCAACGUCGGUACAGGACGGAGAGACCGUUCACCUGCGAGCAUUGCUCGGCUAGAUUCACCCUGAGGAGCAACAUGGAGCGACACAUCAAGCAGCAGCAUCCGCAACACUGGAGCCAGAGACCCAGAGGAGGACACUCGACCAGAGGAAGACCACCGUCGAGUCAUCCGGCGUUAUUGCAGAAUCUCGGACAGCCUCCCUCUCAGGUGGCCCAAUCGUACCCAAGCAUUCUACCAAAAGUGGAGCAACCAGCUAAUUCCGAGUACACCAAGCAUCCAAUCUCGGACCAGGUGAAGUACGCGAUCCUGGCGCAGCAGUUAAAGACUAACAAGAUCGAAGACAACGACUCGGAGGAGGAGCUCGUGAUCGACGAGGAUCCGCAAGAGAAGGACGCUCAGGAAUCUCAGGAGCAGAAGGAGAAGUGCACCAGUCUGCUGAGGGGACAGUUGGAAGCAGAGACGGUCAAGGAGGCAGUAAUCAAAGAGGAGGUUGAGGAGCCCGUGAAGGCCGAUUGCGAGUCCUCCAACACAGAGUCCGCGCACAGCGACAAUGUUAACGAGGAAGCGAAGACGUUAGGCGCGAAGAAACCCGCCGAACCUGAGGACGUGAUGAGCGAUAACGCAGGCGAUGGAGUGUUCAAAACGGAGCAGAACGAAGAGAAGCCUGAGAAGAUAGAAGAAGGAGCCGCAGAUUUGGCGAGUGUCUCUGAACUCUUAGACAACGCCUCCCAGCAGUACCAACAGUUCCAGCCGCAAUAUCUCAGCGACGAAGAGGGCCUGGUGGCGUCCAAUAGCGACUGCAACAACUCUGGUAGCGACGAGAAGUCCGACUCAGUGAACUCACUGAAUUCCGUCAGCACCGCCUCGCCCAAGAAGAAAAAGAAAAAGAAGAAGAAGAAGAAGAAGUCCGCGUACUCCAUGGCGCCCAAUCGCGUCAUCUGUCCGUACUGCGAGCGACCUUUCCCAUGGACGUCGUCCCUGAGGAGGCACAUCCUGACCCACACUGGACAGAAGCCUUACCAGUGCGUCCACUGUUCCCUCCUCUUCACCACAAAAUCCAACUGUGAUCGUCACCUGCUGAGGAAGCACAAAGCGAACCCGAACAAGAUACGCAGGGUCAGGAACUCUUCGUCGCCCGACAGCCAAGCGGUGAUCAACAACAACAGUUCCUUCUCCAUGAGAAACGUUCCAGAGAGACCGUACAAGUGCAACCAGUGCCCCAGCUCCACGUUCUCCACCCUGGGCAACCUGAAGAAGCAUCGUUCGACCAAGCACGCGCGCAAGAUGAAGUGCAGGUCCGAUACCCCGUCCAGCGAGCCUCAGAACAGUCCUCAGGAGUGCUCGAAGCAGAACGAGCAGACAGAUUACGACAGCCAGUCGUCGAGCGUUUCUGAGAGCAUGGAGACGUCCUCCGUGACGGAGCUGCCUAAGGCGACCGCGAACACCUUGCCAUCCGCCGUCGACACGCCUAGGUCCAGGAGACCCUCGCCAAGAUCCUCUCCUGGACCCAGCGACGUGCCGUUCAAGUGUCACCUGUGCGACUGCGGUUUCGCCGAGAGACAGGACUGCUUGGAGCACAUAAAGAUGAAUCACAAAAGGUCGUACGAGAUGCUCGUGGCCAAGGGUGCACUAGACAUGGACAUCGACACGGCGGAGGACCAGCAGCAGCAUCCGCCGCCCCAGCACCCCAGCGACGGCGAAGAGAAGAGAGGACGCUUCCCUGACUACAGUAACAGAAAGGUGGUCUGCGCUUUCUGCAUGAGGCGGUUCUGGUCCGCGGAGGAUCUGCGCCGCCACAUGAGGACCCACACGGGGGAACGACCGUUCUCCUGCGACAUUUGCUGCAGAAGGUUCACGCUGAAGCACAGCAUGCUGCGACACAGGAAGAAACACGAGUCCAUCGACUCGACGAUGUACGUGGGGACCAGCGGCGACGAGGAGAACUCGCCGGUACAACCUUCGCCCAUCACGCCUCGAAGCCAGCAACAGCCACCCGUCCUGGUGGCUGCCAACUCCGGGAAUCCAAGGAUCCAGGACCGAAUCUCGUUGCCCACGGUCGCGCCAGUCGCCACAGCGGACGCGGCGCCCAGCGGCCUGAUGAGAUUCAAUCCCUACGAGAAGCUGACCACCCUCACGGGGAAACUGGCCGGUAUGCCGCAAAACGCGAAUCCCGACGCGACCGAGAGCGCCGACAACGACUUGAUCUCCAAUUUGUUAGGGAUAAGAGACAAGAGCUUCAUCGAUCGGGUGCUGCAAGCGUCAGCUGACGAUGCUGCCAAGUUGUUGGGGGUGAAACGCAGCCAGGAGUGAAGCUGCUUUCGCCUGCUGUCCCUCGGACAUUUUCACGACCGUGCCUUAGGUUCCUCCUCUCCUCGCGCUGAGAAAUGAAGUCGACUGGAGCUAUCUUUGAUACAUCUUUGUCUUCUGGAUCCUUUUCGCUACUGCAACAGCCACCGUAAUGGUUCGUUGCUGAAGGUCCGCGGAAGCAGUUACUGUACUGACUGUUCACAGAGCUCAAGUAAGUUCGUCGUGUACGAGAAUGUAUUUUACGAAUUGACUCUAUUGUAGCGAAAGCGUGGUCUCUAACUACAUAGAUUAUCUCGGAUGUUUUUACGGGAAAGAUUCGCUGCUGGAUCCGUCGGGACUAAACAAAAGGCACGAUGCUCUUAUGUAGACGUAACGGUAUCUUAUGACUUUGUUUCAAUCUCUAUUUAUUUCGUAAAUAUUAUUCUUCGAUAUACACUGCCCAUCCCACGAUAAAAAUACCAUCUCGUUCGAGUAACGCUUCAGUUCUGAGAGAAAAGAAUUAUCGCUCGCUUGUACUAUAGAUCGAAGUUAUCAUAGUAUUAAUGGUGGUUUCUUGUCUCUCAGGAACGAACACCCUGCGAUGGUAUUUUUAUACAAAAAUCGGAUCAGUAGUGGCCACUCCAGUUCAAGCUAAGGAGAGCCAACGAUUCCAGCAACGAACGCGUCGAUUUCAAAGAUCAGCGACUGCCAACAGGUCGGGAGGAACGCGUAUCGAUUUCGAAGGUGCAGCACGACAUUACCUUUUACAGCUUACAGUUAGCUACACGACCGGUGACGUUCAAGUCAUUGUCGGUUCUCGCUGCGUCGGUAACGUGCCUAUAAUCUCUAGUUUCUUUCGUACUGCGCGCGCGUUUCGAAACGCCUAGAGUGUGUACCAGCGUGUAUCUGUAUCUUUCUCCCUCUCUCUGCAUUGUGUACAUAUAUUAUACCCACGCACGUGUGAACCACACGUCUCUAGAAAGUGUUAAGGACCUCGUGCGCCAAAAGGACGCGGACAGCCUUGCCAAUACGAGGACGAACGCAAGCAAACGAGUAGAAUACGAGUAUGCCCGCGCCUCGAGGUACCGCGGAUAAGCUCUAUUGUCUGUCAGAGUUUUUUCCCAUUAAUCGAACCAGUUCCACCUUGACGGAUCGGGCCGUACUCAAACCCAAAGAUACGUUUUACACAACGAAUUAAGUUAGCCAUAUACGUACUUCUAUUUAUUGUUUCGUCACGUACUUAGAGCCGGGAAUUCGCAGCGCGCAACGAGGGAAAGUUCUCUUAUUUUUGUUUUCUCCCCUCCCUAUCGAUUACUCGAGUUUUGGGAGCAAAGUCUCGAAUCGAGGCUCUCGAUAGACGGAAACGAGACUAGGACCGAAAGAAGGAUCGAAACGGAACCUUUCGAUUGGUAACGUAAGGUACGUUCUCUUUGUCGUUAUCGUGCAAGUCGAAGACGCAUGGUCGACGAUAAUAUGCAAAAUAGAACAAUAUAGAAAAAAGUUUAUCUUGAUAUAUAUAUACAUAUGUAAUAAUCGAUUUCUAUUCCGUCGCGUAAAGAUUACUUGUAUAUAGAUAGCCUAAUUAAAACACUCUUGGUAGGUCUAUGUUUCGCGUCGUGCAUAGUCCACGUUAAAUGAGUUCUCUGAGAAGGAAACGAUAUUUAAAUGCAAUUAUACCAAAUAAUCGGAUUCGGUUCGAUCGGACGGGACGCCUGUGAAGCUAAUCGAACCGACCGAUCAAGAUUUGUACCUCCUAAUCGUCAUACUUUUUUCCCCUUUCCUUGUCCCUGUCUCUCACUUUCUCUUUCUUUCUUGCUCUUCACCAUUUCACUCUACGAUCCCUGUUUGUGCGUCGCAUACACACACACACACACACACACACAC